AUGGCCUCUCCCUUUGUUCGAAUACAGCAAACAGGGCUCCUCCGUCUCCUUUUCGGGAGGGUGCAGGGAUUUGGACAGGACAGGCAGCCCCCCUGGCCGGGUUUUGGGGUACCCAGCGGUGCCAUCUCCCUCCCCAGGCAGGAGGAGGCCCAGGCCAUCGACCAGGAGCUCUUCAAUGAGUACAAGUUCAGCGUGGACCAGCUGAUGGAGCUGGCAGGGCUGAGCUGUGCCACUGCCAUUGCCAAGGCCUACCCACCCAGCUCCUUCACCACGAGCCAGCCCGCUGUGCUGGUGGUCUGCGGGCCAGGGAACAACGGCGGUGAUGGGCUGGUCUGCGCCCGGCACCUGAAGAUGUUUGGCUACCAGCCAACCGUGUAUUACCCCAAGCAGCCCAGCAAGCCCCUCUUUGAAGGUUUGACCACCCAGUGCAAGAAGAUGGAUAUUCCCUUCCUGACUGAGUUCCCAGCUGAGGCUGCCUUCAUCGACGAGCUCUACGGCCUGGUGGUGGAUGCCAUUUUCGGCUUCAGCUUCAAGGGAGCAGUGCGGGAGCCCUUCGGCAGCAUCCUCAGCACGCUGGAGCACAUCACCGUGCCCAUUGCCAGCAUCGACAUCCCCUCAGGCUGGGAUGUGGAGAAGGGGAAGGCAGACGGCCUGCAGCCGGACAUGCAUCUCCCUGACGGCGUGCUCAUCUCCCUGACAGCGCCCAAGAAGGCGGCGAUGCAUUUCACGGGCCGCUACCACUUCCUUGGGGGCAGGUUUGUGCCCCCCGCGCUCCAGCAGAAAUACGCCCUGAACCUGCCGGCGUACCCCGGCACAGACUGCGUCCUGCAGCUGACCUAGAGCCGGGGCCCGGGGGGGGCAGGCUGGGCAUCAGCACUCGCACCAGGGCCAAAGUCUGCCCAAGCCUCUGCCAGGGGGAGCUCAGCACCUCACAGCCUCAGUGUGAGCCAGCAGGAUCAGAAGGCCCCGGAGUGGUGAGGGGCUGCAGGAGGAACUCUGCCUAAUCCAAGUGCUACAGGUGUGAAGGUGAUCUGGAAUCUGGGGCUCUGCCACUCACGGCACCACUCACACUUCAGGAUAAUCUGAUUACAAUAAAGAUUUAUUCAUGCCCU